ACUCUAAUUCCAUCAAAUAUCAAUCCAAACACAUUGUUAUUCGUACCGAUCUUUUGUAUAAUUAUCACAUGUACUCUCUCAGUAUGGACGGCCAUCAUCAAUGGUGCCACAUUGGUAUAUGCCAGUCUGUUCAGUUCACUAUACGUAUACUUGGUGUUCAUCAUCGUUCCCGAAGAUCUGUUCUGGAUCAGCUUCAUCAUCCUGAUGCCAUUCGUGUUCAUCAUGACUAGCACGGCAAUUGGACGACGAUGGUUCAAUCAACUUCUGGUCAAAAAGACAUUGAUCGACAUCACCAUCAUACUAUAUUUUUCGCCACGCGAGAACAAGGGCUCACAGAUAUGGGACUCGUUAAUGUCGUCGCUCAUGAUCGUUGCUAGUAUCCUUGUGGUGGGUCUGAUCGUGGCGCCAACACUUGCCACCAGACUGUUCCAGAGGAAGAUCAUCAAGACGUUGAACAGCACGAGGAUCCUGUUCAGAGGCGUUGGAUAUCAGAUGGAGGCUAGUGUCAGUCAUGAUGAGCGAGAGAUGAAGAAGAAUAGUUCAUUCACAUUCCCCAUGUUUCCACACCCCAAUGACAUACCAAUAAGCAGCGACUCACCUUUGAACGAUCAAAGCGUUGGAUCAUCAAACGAUAUAGAAGAGGAUGAUCUACUUGGUAUCAAUCUUGAUCCAAUCAACAACAACAACAACAACAACAACAACAACAAUGUCACGCCACUCAAUCAAACUAUGAGCAUCCCAAUCCCAACCCAACCAGAUCAGUCACCCGAAUCAAUAUCAUCACCCGAUCAUUCAUGUGUAAUCCCCGACGUCAUUGGUGUGGAGACAGUGCCGUCGCCUCCAAGCAUCGAUGUCACAUCAUCAUCAUCAGAAGGACCAUCGACAACAUCAUCACAAUCAACAACACCUGGCAACACAACACCGAAACAACAUCGCCGGAAACACUCUGAUGAAGGCGCCAGCAUGCCAAAGAACAAGAGUUUCAAGAAGCUCAAGGACUUUCUGCGUGGCGAUCACAAACACAGCGACACGACAACUGGCGAGACUCGGGGCCCACUGCCUCUGAGCCGAUCGACUGCACUGGAGAAGGAAUUGUUCUCCAAGAAGAUGAGCAAGAAACAGGUGCUCUCCACUGCUGUACUCAUACCGAGUGAGGGCGAACUCGCACAGAUGGAGAUACACCUCGUGAAGCAGAUCGAUCGUCUGACCAAGCUGUUGGUCGAGUGUCGUCAAGAGCGUUGGAACCUAAAGUUGAUCGGACACUUUGAGCGUCUGCUCACAGUGUUGGAGAUGAACCAGAAGCAGCUGAUAUCGAUCAAGUUGGCCGUGUCCAAUGGCUUCAGCUACUUUGCCCGUCAAGAGAUCCUGAUACCAGUGUUGCCAUUUUUGGACUCGAUCAUCGAAGAGGUCUUCCUUCAGAUUGGCCUCAUCAUCCAUAUCCUGGUCAACAAGCACUCAGGACAGUCCGAGUAUCAACUCACCACGUCCAUCCUGGAGCAGUCGCUACAGGAGACCGAGGCAUUGGUUCAAGAGUGCAGCAGUACCUACAAGAAGUUGGUGCACGAGUACCAACGCAACAACCUGCCCCUGCUCGAUGCCUCUGAGGUUUCAAAGAUCCACUUCUUCAUCUUUAGCAUCACAGUGUUUGCUCAGAACCAACGUCAGAUCUCCGACAUCAUCUUUGAAAUCAACAAUGACUCUAGCUCCUAUCCAGUGCCAAUUGAGAUCAUCAUGCAUGGACUACCCUGGUUGAUCAUGGCCUUCCCAAGAUACCUAAUCAAGCGAUGGAGACUACUAUUGAGCAACAUCAAAGAACUGCGGAGCUAUGAUCCAAGUCAACCUGGCAGCGCACACUCAUCAAGCUUCACCCUUCUACUCGCAUGGAUCCUCAGGUACUUCUACAAUCUAUGGUUUGCCAACAGGAAGUGGAAGUUCCCUCUACAGCUGUCAGUGGCCUUCACCGCUGCCGCAUCAGUAUUCUACUACUUUGAAGGCACGUCUGCAGAUCGAUUUGAACUUCGUGGCAUUUGGAUGUGCGCCACAGUUGGCCUGGUAAUGUCACCAUCACUGGGCGCAACACUGACACGUGGUUUCCAUCGUCUCAUUGGAACAGUACUGGGUGGUGGCCUUGGUGUCCUCAUCAUGAUGCUGGUAAACGUCGUAAAUGAGCCAGUCAAACAGGUAAUCCUUGCAGUGUCCACCUUUAUCGCCGUGUUCUCAGCCUCAUUUGUUCAGCAAGAUGUUCGCUUCAGCUAUGCGGGCGCAGUGUUUGCCCUCACACUGAUGAUCAUCACCUAUGGAGAGUUCUUUGCCCAUCACUUCACCUACAUGAUCGCCGUCAACCGUAUCUUCAACGUCAGUCUUGGAAUCAUAUGGGUGAUCAUCGUGUCUCUUAUGCUCUUCCCAUUCUUUACCUACAAGACCUCACGGUUCAAGUACUUUGAGGUGACCAACACGAUCGCCGAGACCUUCAUCAAGAUUGUGGACCUUGGCCUGCGACUUGAGAGUGACGGCUCACCAGAACAGCGCGCAGUAAUCAAACAGGAAAUUGCCGGAUCCAUCAGAAAGAUCAGAGUCAGUAUGUCGGCUCAGAAGGGCUUGAUCUAUGACAUCAAGUCUGAGCUGGCCAUCCAUCCCAAGAUGCACGUGGCCUACUACCUAGAGAUGUUGGAGAACCUGUCCAAACUCUACACCAGACUGGUGGCCUUUGACAAUGCAUUCGACUAUGAGUUCUCUGAUGACAUGUUGUCGGCCAUGGCACCCAUCAGGGCACCUCUAAAGCAUAUGAUCACGGCCAUCUGUCGCUCACUCCAACACAUCAUCCAAUUGGUAUUCAAUCAAGCACGCGAGGAAGGUUACGAUAGCGAGACGGACCUUAACGAGGCACUCAAGGAGUUGGACCUUUCAUUCCAAGGUGUCCGACAAGAUCUCCUCCAGCGAAAGGUCAUGUUCAAGCUACAUCCAGAGAUGAUUCAGUUUGGUUCAGGAAUAUACUCUCUUCGAGACUUUGUCAAGCACUACAUAAGCGUAGUCAAGAGCUUCGAACGUAUCAAGAGAGAUCAAUCUCGUCGUGGAGGUCAACUACGCAACUUUAUCCUUAGAAUGUGCGAU